UGGAAUAUUACCGAUAAAUGGUUAUCUUAUGAACAUGCCUUAACCGAAAUAAAUAUGUUAUGGUGGGUUGUUACAAAAAUAACUUUCACAAUGGUUACCCACCAGCUAUGAAUACCUAGCUUACUUUUAAACUUGAAAGUCCUAACAUUGACUCACGGGUAGUCUAUAUGGGAAUAUCAAGAACAACCUGCAUUCUUCACUCAUAGACAAACGCUGGAUAUGUAUAAUUUUCCCGUAUUUUAUGAAGAAAACGUUUUCUAAAAUGACAUUCAAAUUUGCCGCCACUCGCAGCUUCUUUGGAAAGUUGGAAUCGGAGAUGACAGUUAGCAGUGCGGUAGAUUUCCAGAAAACGUACGUAGAAAAGUGUUGUAAAUAUGAUACGGCCGGUAUAGGGAGUAGGGUUCAUUUUGUGUUCGUAGUGUUGGAAAUGGCCAGUUGUGUGUGA